AUGACCAUGACUACCAUGCCAGAGAGUCUAAAUAGCCCCGUCUCAGGGAAGGCUGUCUUUAUGGAGUUUGGGCCGCCCAGCCAGCAAAUGUCUCAAGGGAGGCGCUAUAAACAAUGUAUGCAAUUAAGGGUAAUUAAACCUAAACUGCAGCCUGUAAAAAUAGCAAACUUUCUCUUGGAAGAAGCCUGGGCUGCCAUCAUCUCCCGGAGCCUUUGGGCCGAAUCGGAGAAAAGCACUGUGGUAGAAGGAGGGGAAGUUCGCUUUAAUGGAAAAGGGAAAAAAAUCCGCAAACCCAGGACUAUUUAUUCCAGUUUGCAGCUACAAGCUUUGAACAGGAGGUUCCAGCAAACUCAGUACCUGGCUCUUCCUGAAAGAGCUGAGCUCGCAGCAUCUCUGGGACUCACCCAGACCCAGGUACAGCUUCGACUGAGCCGGCCCCUCUCCCAUGUCCUCUCCCUGUCCCCAGCGCCGGCGUGGUAG